AUGUCUUUCUUAUUAGCAUGUGAUUUGUGGCCACCGGCAGUCACCAAAGAGCUGCAAAAGCUACGAGGAUCUAAAGAACUUGCUGCAUGGCAAAUUUUCCCAUCCACACUAUCGCAAAUGGCAGAAUGGGCCGAUGUGUAUAAAGACCUGGAACAUAGGUUUGGCAAUUGGACUGGACGAGAAACAGACGUACUCCGAGCAGUCCAACACAUCACCCUAUCUUCUGGGGGACAUAAAGAGAUGUGGGACUCUACAAUAGCAUCUAUAAACCUAGCUGGAGAGUACAUGAGUCGUCGCCUGCACAUUCCGAUGCAAGGGAUAGCAUACGACAAAGAUUUAUACUUGCAAAGACGUGCAUUUAUUAAGAGGCAUGAACCGUUGCAAACAAAAGAGCGGAUACUUAAAGCCAUUGAAGAUCUGGAAGACAAAUAUUUCCACAUUCAGGGAUGUUGGAUCCCUCAAGACCCAUUGCGAGUUGCUCAAGUAAACGAAACCAGAAAGGUCGUGCCGAUGAAUUCGGUAUUAUUGACAGAAGGCGAUUUGGUCGAUAUCGGAGCUGAAAUAGACUUUGUGAUACACAGAGAUCGUCACGUGCGCGCCACUCUCAAAUGUUUUCUCACUUGCACGUAUAUCAUGCGCGUAAUCUCGAUAGGCGAAGUUGAAAAGCUGAAUAUUGAGACAUUGAAAAUAGAGCGAAUUCACCUGCUCCUCAUUGUAAUCGAGAUCCUCCUAGCAAUGACAAAAUCCAAGAACGACACACACACUGAGAACGAAAUCGUGGCUGAAAUCCGGCCCACCAAGCACGUGAGACUCACGAGUACAAAUACAAUGGCGACCGACAACCGAGACGCUGUAGGUUCAGACAGUCCGAGAACACCAGAAAAUAAGGAGUCAGCAGCGGAUAAGGAUAGAUCCCAGACUACCGUCGAUGCAUCUCUCACAGAGACCUCACAAGAAAUGACUAAGCAAGAUGGAUACACCCUAUCUGAGAGUUCCACGACACCAGUUAAACAGACCAAUAAGGGCGCACAACCAGCUCUCACAGUCCGCUCCAUCGUGCCUCAUCCUACCAAACAGUUGAUUGACGAAGAAGAGAUAGGCGAAUUUGAUGACACAUUAUUAAUGUCGUAUAUGAACUCAAAGGCUAAUAUCUAUGCCCUUGGGAAAUUGUUACCAACCGCCACCUGGGGACAAUACAAACCGGUCAAUGAUCAUAGCAAGGUUCUAUGUGACCCUGCGACUGGAGAACCGAUCACGAUCUGGGUGGUUGGGCGCAUCGCGAAAAUGUGGUUCAUGAAAUCCGGUAAGCCGGAGACCCAACAGAGUGCUCAUCUAUUGGCUAAAUUCUCAAGCCCAACUUUGAGCUUCAAUCAACAAGCCUCAUCAGUCAUUCGAGCUAUUAAGUGGCAGAAUACUAAGACUUGUGAGGGGACAAGUGAGGCAAUUCUAUUCGAUGCUGUCUAUGAUGCAAGACGUGAGGGAUCGCUCAAAUCUUACAGUGAACGCCCCUUAUGGAGUCUCACCGACCUGAAGCCUGGAGAUCUUAUCUUAUUAGAAGCUAAGAUGACGCAAUAUUCUAAGAAACAAGAGGACACCAAAUGGCAUUCUUGCGCUCAAUAUGAGAUGGUCGCCAUAUCCCUCCUAGACAUCGCUGAAGUGCCCGAAGAAAUUCCUCAAGGAGAAGUGCAGAUAGACGGUUUGGCUAUUUAA